AUACUGAUGCCAUCCGAAUGAAACUCCAUUCAUUCAUAGGAUCGCAUGUACAAAUAGAAUGUAAUGUCAUCUCUUUGUGUCUAAAGUUAGCGUGUUUUUCACUAGAGUAUCAAAAAAGACAUUUUUCGGACGAUAAGUUUACAGACUUAUCAACAUGUGAGGGGAGUAAACGCUAUCCUUCCACCCACAACAAGUGGAGCGAGCCGUUAUGUGCAGACAUCGAUCAUGACAUCACACAAAGAAAAGUAUGACCACAACUAUGAAGAAAUUGACGUCAUCGGGAACGGGGCUUAUGGAACUGUGUUUAAGGCCAAGGACCCUCGUAACGAAGGAAGCUGGGUGGCCAUCAAACGCAUUAAGAUACAGAAUACGGAGGAGGGCAUGCCAAUGAGUGCCAUUCGUGAAAUAGCCCUCCUCAAGCAGCUGGAGAACUAUGAGCACCCUAAUAUCGUCAGAUUACUGGAUGUUCGUCAUGCCCAGCAAAGUCCGACGGAGAUUCGGCUGAUGUUGGUAUUUGAAUACAUUGAUCAGGAUCUGUCCACGUACCUCCAGCGAUGUCCGAGCCCCGGCCUCGGACCAGAGAGGAUCAGGGACCUUAUGCUACAGCUGCUUAAUGGAGUGGAUUUUCUGCAUGCUCACCGAAUUGUACAUCGAGAUUUGAAACCGCAGAAUAUUCUUGUAACCAGCCAAGGACAGCUCAAACUUGCAGACUUUGGGCUUGCUAGAGUCUAUGCGUUUCAAAUGGCAUUGACAUCUGUUGUCGUUACUCUGUGGUACCGGGCCCCUGAAGUGAUUCUACAGGACACCUAUGCCACGCCUGUGGAUAUGUGGAGCUGUGGAUGUAUCUUCGCUGAGCUCUUUAACAGAAGGCCUCUGUUUUGUGGACAGUCAGAAAUUGAUCAGUUAACAAAGAUAUUUGAUGCUUUGGGUCUUCCUCGAGAACAAGACUGGCCAGAGAACGUGACACUGCCCUACCAUUCAUUUAAGGCGAAACCUCCACAGCCAAUCAAUCACCUCAUUCCAGAGAUCGACUCCGAUGCCAGAGAUCUACUGGAGAAAUUAUUGAUAUUCAACCCUCACAAUCGCAUCACUGCCCACGAUUCCUUGCAGCACCCAUACUUCAAAGACGAAUUAGAAAGUAUCCGAACAUCAAGUUCUCUCUCUGAGAGCGAGUCAUUAGAUACUUCAGACUGUCGCUCGGAUACGCCUGUCAGCAAGUGAUGCUUUAAACUGGUUCUCUGUUAGCCCAGUUUUUGUAUUUUUAUCAGCUUACAGAAUCCGGUAAAUGUUUCUACCUGGAAUUAGACCAGUGCUUCUGCACUAUCAGGAAGUCAUUGUUUUGUAUAAUUGUUAAAAAGGUGUCCGAAAUCACUGCUUUCUUUGCAGAUCUUGAAAAUGAAUUUCAUAUAAUUAUGUUUUUUAUGAUUAUUGUGGUUUGUUUGCAGUUCCAAUAGCAAUAUGAUCUGUGAUAUAGUUGACAUACUUUUGUUUGAGCAAAAAUGAGCAGGCAGGGGUUGUACAGUUAUGAAUCUUCCUUAGAUUGUGGUUAACUCACAUUCACUUGAUCUCUUUAAUCAGAGGUAAUUGGGGAUCCUCUUAGACAUGUCAGUACUAAAUAUUCAUUGUUCUUAAAGUCGUAUACAUACACUCUACAUGUAUUUACACAGUUUUUUUUCAUGAAUUGUUUAAAGUGAGGUAAUUAAACUUACACCGAAAUUAUUGUUAAUGGAGAUAAUAAUAUGUUUUUGAUGAUAUGAAAGUAUUUGAUUUAAUCAAUUAUGUUAACAAAUUGAGUUACAAUGGUUAUGAUGCAGUUUUCAAAAAAGUAUUUAUUUGAUUAUAAGUUGUUCUUUAUGUAACAUAUUUUAAAAGAAAAAUAAUGAUGCAGCAUCUUAUUUUUCUUGUUGGAAUGUAUGAAAUUUCUGAUGGGCAUGUAGAUAUCAAGAUAUACAGGUUGUAAGAUCAUGGAAUGGCCUGCCACUAUAAUUUUAUGUUUAACUUUUAUAAUGGCGAUAUGCAUGAUUAGGCAAUUAUCACUUUUUGUAGUCAUAUUAACUUUUUUGCAUAUGCUUUAGUGUAAUUCUUCUUUAAAUUUUUCAUUUUUUUCUAUAUUAUUUUAGAUAUAUGUACAGACGAUGGUCUCAGUCUCAAAUCAAUUCAAAUUUUGUAAAAUUGUAUGUGUUCUUGCCAAGCCUUUUUUCACUUUUCAUUUGUGAUUUUCAGAUUUAAAAACAUUCAAGAUUGGUAACUCCAAGCACAUUUUUUGUAAUACAUUUUAUCAUAAAAGAACCGUAUUCUGUUGAUUUUAAAUAACAACAAGAAUAUUCAUAUUUAACGAUCUCAAAAGAAUAUCAAUUACUUACAAAAGAAUCUCAAAAAUAGGAACUUCUGUAAAUAUUAUAAUUUCUCAUGCACUGACUGCUAGUAAAUAUACAUGUAAUGUCUUAAAUAAAUUGGUCUUUAUGUUUUUUAAAUUUUCUCAGGUGAACAAAAUAACUCCAGUCUUGUUCCUUUUUUUCUAAAACAAAUUGCUUAAUUGCAUGCAGUUAAUUAUGCAAUUAGUAUAUACAGUUAGUACAUGAGGUGCAAGACUAUAUGACAUUCAAAUCUCACUCGAUCACUGGUUCAAAGGUAGUAGAUGUUAAUAAGUUUUUAAAGUAUUUCUUGGACCUUGAUGUGUGGAUGGGGUUUUUUUUCUGACAAUUAUUAUGGAUGAAUCGUUUUUAAUUAGUUAAAAUAUUUAAACAGAUGUUACUCUAUUGAUAAAGCGAUUCGUACUUUUGAAUUCGUUAUUUAGGAAACAAAUAGUUUUGGUCAGGUAAAUUCUUUAUAAUAUCUUUAACGGAGAAAUAUAAGAUUUCAUUCCUGAAAUAUUCUGAACUAAAUAAAUAUAUUUAUUUGCAAAACUGCAUUUCAUUAUGAAUAACGUAAGUUUUAAUGUUGUGGGGUGUUUUUUAGAUCGUAGUUACUUUUUGUUAAGUUACAAUUUUUCUUAUGUAAUUUUUAGAUUUAUACCGUACUACUUUGGUAGUUUUGAUACAAGUAUGCAAUUUCAGCGAUUUAGUCAUGUGGUUGAUAAAGUUUUAUUCUGUAAGCUUUUUCAUGAUUGGUCAUUCCAGUGAUGUCUCAUCGAAAACAAAUCAAGUCCUAAACAUACCGUCACCAAGUUAUGUCUCAAAUAUAUUUUUAUACAAGAACUUCCGUUGUAAUAUUAGUAUUUUUGUACGAAAAAUCAAUACAAUUUUAUAUAUUUAUUUUAUAUUUGAUUUAGAGAAAUA